AAGUUUGGUGUUCAUCUUCAAAACCAAACCAGGUGUGUUCUUAUUUCACACACAACACACACUCACCACCUCUACUCACACACACAUCUAUAUGUAUAUAUCUCCGUGUGUAUCUGGUAUGCUCGCUUCCCCUUAAAUCAUUGUGCAUCUAGAUUUAUUGCGCGCGCGCGUGUGUGUGUGUGUGAGCAAGAGAGAGAGAGAGAGAGCCGCUCUGUGUGUGUGCUGAGUUGUUGCUUCGAUACAGUAUUAAUACAGAUAGAUACAAAAAAAGUAUAUGUGUAUAUGAAUUGAUUGAAUUCAAUAGGCGCAUGAGUAGGUUUUAAUGCAUGCAAUUUAGUAACCGCCGCAAAUUUCUUGUAUGGGGCACAAGAAGCGGAAACCCGCUCCUCGCUCCAAGCCUUCCCCGGCGGCGGCGGAGGAUGCCGAAUCUUCCAACGGCGCCGCUGCUAUUGUUGAUUGUGGCGAUUCAGUUCUCGACAAUUCAGCGGAAUCCAUCAAUGGAACAUCUGCUAAAUUAGAGUCAUCGAUUUCAGUAGGCAAUGGCAAUGUAGCUUCCUCUCCAUUGUAUGCUUCGGUGAAGCUCGAAUACGAAAAGGCGCUAGUGGCGUUUCGCCGGGGGAACCACACAAAAGCCCUAAGGUUGAUGAAGGAUUUGUGCUGUAAACACGAGAAUUCGCCGCUCUCGGCCUUGAUUCACCGCGUCCAGGGGACUUUGUGCGUGAAGGUGGCUUCGACUAUCUCGGACCCCAACGUGAAACAGCGGCACAUGAAGAGUGCGAUCGAGAGUGCGAGGAAGGCUUCGAGACAGUCCCCUAGUUCGAUUGAGUUUGCGCAUUUUUACGCCAAUUUGUUGUGUGACGCGGCUAAUGAUGCCAAGGAGUACGAGGAGGUGAUGCAGGAGUGUGAGAGGGCUUUGGCAAUCGAAAACCCUGUCGAUCCUGCUACUGAGAAUUUGCAGGAGGAGAGUCAGCAGAAAAUAUCCACACCCGAGGCUCGGAUUUCCAAUGUCCAGAGUGAGCUCAGUGCAUUGGUGCGGAGGGCGAAUCUUGGAUCUUUGUCGACUUGGAUGCAACAUCUGGGAGAGCAGAAGUUUCGGUUCAUUCCCAUCAGAAGUGCUCCUGAAGAUCCGAUGGAGUUGAGAUUAGUUCAGGCAAAAAGGCCAAAUGAGAUUAAAAAGGUUGCUAAAACAGAGGAGGAGCGUAGGAAAGAAGUUGAGGUGAGGGUGGCUGCAGCACGGCUUAUGCAGCAGCAGUCAGAGUCUCCUCAUUUGGGAAACGGUGGGGAUAACAAUACUAAUAAUAGCAAGGAUUCGGUUCUGGGAUCAGGCCAGAGAGUAGGGGAGAGGAGGAAAAGUGGGAAUAUGAGGAAAUCUGCAUCUUCAGAUGAGAGGAUGGAUUUGGUCAAAUCCUAUUGGAACACUCUAAGUCCAGAGGGGAAGAAAGAUUUACUGACAGUUAAGAUUUCAGAUAUAAGGGCUCAUUUUAGCUCAUUGAAGGAUUGCACAUUCAGUGAAGUACUUAAUGAAGCUCUAUCUUUUGGGGAAGCUAAUAAAAUAUGGAAGUUUUGGGUCUGCUGUCGCUGCAAUGAGAAAUUUGCAGACGUCAGUUCAUUCACGCACCAUGUCGUGCAGGAGCACUUGAGAAGUUCAUUGCCCAAAAUGCAGUCAAUUCUACCUGAAAAUGUGGACGAUGAAUGGGUUGAAAUGCUUCUUAACUGUAUUUGGAAACCAGUGGAUUCGAAUGUAGCUAUUAGAAUGCUUGAAAAACAGUUGAAAUCUGAUACACAUGAUUUACUUGAAGAAUCAAGCUGUAAACACAAUGCAGAUGAUUCAAAAGAAUGUUAUCUUGACACUUACUGCAAUGAAUAUGAAGGGGACUCAUCACCUGGAAAGAAGACAUCUAGUGAGGAUUGCAAUGGCAGUAAGCAGGAUAUCAGGAAGUUUGAAGAUGUUGAGUGGAUGGACUGUAAUGAUCUUCCAAGUAGUAAGGAAAAUUUAUUCUUUGACUGGCCUUUGUCAGAUGACCCCGAGCGCACAAAGCUUCUUGAAAGAAUCCACUCUCUUUUUGAGGCACUUAUUAAACACAAAUGUCUGGCAUCUAGCCAUCUUAGUAAGAUUAUACACUUUGCUUUGGAGGAGCUGCAGAGUAUAGCUUAUGGUUCUCAACUUGACUUUAAAGUGAACCAAACACCUUUGUGCAUCUGUUUUCUGGGUGCUCCUGAGCUUAAGAAAAUACAAAACUUUUUACAGGAAAUUUAUCAGACUUGUGGAUUAAAGAGAUACUCCGAUAAAACCGCCAUAGGAGAUGAUUCCAGUUGUCCAGGGCAGGGUGAUAUUAUGGAGAAGAUAACACUCAGACAAGACGCUUCCCUUUUGGUGAUUGAUGAGCAAUGUCUUCCCUGCAAGAUCCCUUGUUUAUCCUCUAGCAAUGUAGUUAGUUAUGUUUCGGGUACACCUGUUACAUCCCAUCUCAGCUAUGAUAAUGGUGUCAUACUCGAUUCAGAUGCUUUAUUGUCCUGGAUAUUUACAUGUGCCUCAGCCAGUGAACAGUUGGCAUCCUGGAAAUGUGCGACAGCGGAAAAAGCUCAGCAAGGUCUGGAAAUACUCCAGUUGCUGGAGAAGGAGUCUUGCCAUCUCCAGGACUUGUGCGAAAGAAAAUGCGAGCAAUUAAACUAUGAGGAGGCAUUGCAGGCUUUAGAAGACAUGUGUUUGGAAGAGGGAAGGAAAAGAGAAAAUGCAGUGGGUUUUGUCUGUCAAAGUUAUGAAUAUGUCCUUAAGAAAAGGCGUGAAGAACUCAUUGAAGAUGGCUGCGGAAUUACACUUAUCAGCAACAGAUUUGAAUUAGAGGCUAUAGCUAAUGUUCUUAAGGAUGCAGAGUCCCUAAAUAUGAACCAAUUUGGUAUUGAGGAAGCUUACAAUGGCAUUACAUCUCUCAGAGACCUGGGAUCUGGUCAAGAAUAUGAUUGGAGAAUGAAGGACCAUCUUCAUCAGGUGGAUUCUUGCGUAGAAGCUGCAAUACAGAGACAGAAAGAACAUGCCUCUACUGAGAUCAGCAAAAUAGAUGCAAGAAUCAUGAGAACAGUUUCAGGGAUGCAGCAACUGGAAGUUAAGCUUGAGGCUGCAUCUCACCAUGAUUUCAGAUCAAUUUUAUUACCUCUGGUUAUAUCAUUUGUGCGGGCACAUUUGGUUGAUCUGGCUGAGAAAGAUGCUACAAAAAAAUCUGAUGCUGCGAGGGAUGCAUUUUUAGCUGAACUUGCUCAGGAUUCCAAAAAGGGUGGUACAAUAAUUGAUGGCUCAAAACCCGUGCAUGAGAGGGCAAGGGAUAAGAAAAAAUGUAGGGACAACCCAAAAAACAAUGAUCAAAAGGCUACCAAUAAUGGUAACUUGCAUGGCCAGACAGAUAAAGCGAUUUUAUUUCCAAGUGAUCAAGAAGUGGAAGGCCCAGGUUUUGAAAUUACUUCUUCUGGACGUGUUGAUGCCUUAAAAGUACACAGUGAAGAGAACCAAAAAAGAAGUGAGCUUGAAGCUGAAGAAAGAAAGCUUGAGGAAACUUUGGAAUAUCAAAGACACGUAGAAAAUGAGGCCAAACAGAAUCAUCUUGCUGGGCAGCAUAAAAGAGCUUUGAACAUAACCAAUGGGAAGACAGAAUCAUUUGAGAUACUAGAGGCCUAUCGGAAACCUAGUGAUGAUGAAAAAUAUGUCAAUGAGCAGCAGAAAAAUAUGAAGGGUCUCGUGAUUCAGGAGGGUGGUGUGGCGAAUUAUAUGGAGGGUACGGUGAAGAAUUAUGCAAAUGAGCCUUUGUUGAGAAAUGGCUUACCAAAUGAAGGUGUUCCACAUGAUGGUGGCUUGUAUUUUGAACAACGCUCGGGAAGAAGAGGUAGACGGCACAGGGGUCCUACCAAAUAUGUGGAUGGCAAUGAUUUUGGUCUACCUAGUCUUCGGAAAAGCUCCCCAGGGGAGGGAGAUGAUGUAGAGAAUAUGUUGAGGCGGCAUCUCGUAGAAAAGGACGAUGAAGAAAGGUUUCAAGCUGAUAUUAAGAAAGCUGUACGCCAAAGCCUUGAUGGUGAAAAUGGGAAAGAAACAUGUGGAACAGGGUUAAAGAAUGAAGUCGGUGAAUAUAAUUGUUUCCUCAAUGUAAUAAUUCAGUCAUUAUGGCACCUAAGACGGUUUCGAGAUGAAUUUUUGGGGAAACCAUCAUCUGAACAUGUUCAUGUUGGCAAUCUUUGUGUUAUAUGUUCAUUGCAUGAUAUCUUUAUUGCUCUGAGCCUGGCAUCUACGGAUAAAAAGAGAGAAGCUGUUGCACCUACCUCCUUGAGAGUUGCUCUCAGUAACUUGUAUCCUGACAGUAAUUUCUUCCAGGAGGGUCAGAUGAAUGAUGCUUCAGAAGUGCUGGAGGUGAUAUUUAACUGUCUCCACCAAGCAUUUACUCCUGCAUGUGAUUUAUCUGAUACAGAAUCAGUAGAUGGAAAGUGCAAAUGCCCCUGUAUCGCACAUUUAAUUUUUGGAAUGGACAUUUUAGAGAGAAUGAAUUGUUACAACUGUAGCUUGGAGUCCAGAUACUUGAAAUACACAUCUUUCUUUCAUAAUACAAAUGCCAGUGCUCUGAGAACAAUGAAGGUUAUGUACCCUGAGGACUCCUUUGAUGAGCUUUUGAACCUGGUUGAAAUGAAUCACCAGUUACCUUGUGACCCUGAGGCUGGUGGGUGUGGGAAGCCUAACUAUAUCCAUCACCUUCUCUCCAGGCCACCACAUGUUUUCACAACAGUCCUGGGAUGGCAGAAUACUUGUGAGAAUGUUGAAGUUAUAAAGGCAACUUUAGUUGCUUUAUCCACGGAGAUUGAUAUCAGUGCCCUUUACCGAGGUCUUGAUCCGCGGAACAGACAUCGCUUGGUUUCAGUGGUUUGCUAUUACGGACAGCACUAUCACUGUUUUGCUUACAGUCGCGAUCAUGAACAUUGGAUGAUGUACGAUGACAAUACCGUGAAGGUUAUUGGUUGCUGGAAUGAUGUUAUUGCAAUGUGUGAAAGAGGACAUCUACAACCCCAAGUCCUCUUCUAUGAAGCUGCAGACUAGCACGAAGAGGCCAUUUUAUGGAUCUGGUGAUGCAUUCCAAUGCCUACCGUGUGGGAUUUUCUAACUCGAUGUGAAGCCUGAACUGUAUUAUAAUGUGAAGGGAUCACUAGGCAAACUUGGAAGUCUCAGAAAAGUGGUAACAUACCAAUAUGAGAAUAAGAACUAGGUUUUGGUUCAAGUUGCUGACGAGGACACCACCUCCAUCGAUUAUUUUUCGAAUUUUGAUAUCUUUUCUUCUGGUUCGGGCCACAAUCCGUUAGUUUACAAAAUUAUACAAAGAAUUUUCUAUACUUAGAUUCACUGGCUGGUACAAGAAAACUGUGUAUAGAAGAGAUACCUUACCCCUAGGAAACUAGUAUUUGGUGAGUAGGAAUUUUCUCUGAGGACUAAGAUCUUUUAGGCAGAAUUGAAUGUUAAAGAUAUUAUUAUGCUUUAGUGUGUUCCUUUUUUUACUCA